AUGCCGCAGCGCAAGGUUUUCAUAUUUUUAGUGGCCUGCUUUUGCACCCUUAGCUUGGCUUUAGCAGCUCCACCUAUCCACCAUAUCUAUUUUAACCUUAAAACUCAAAAUUACCAGCAUGUGUACAGCAAGCUAAAAGAGCUGCUGCAGCGCCCGAGCACGCCAAAAUAUAACCCCACAAAUGUGAUUGGAAAAUUUGUCCUCGGGCAACAACGUCGCGAUUUCCAUGGCGAGCCGCCUGGGUGGAUCUACAUCCACAUUGAGGGCGUACCAAAAGAAGACAAGGUGACACUAGCCAUAGCUAUUGAUGAUCUCUAUCUUAUUGGCUUCAGUAAUGCCACUAACCAUUGGUACAAGUUUAGUGGCGGAUUCCAAGGUUUACCCGCGGGAGCCAUCGAGCUACCGAUUGGAGAGAAUUAUGGAGAAAUGAUUGAAGGAGGUCACAAGAAUCUUUGGAUGGUUCCUUUAGGAAAACAAUCGGCCAUACAUGCCACCAAGGGACUUGCAAGAUACGACUCUCUGCCACAAAACAAACCCCAACUCAAAGACGGGCUGGUUAGGUGUGUGGUCAUGUUUUGUGAAGCCAUGCGGUUCAAAGUGUUCCGCGACACAUUCUCGGGCAAGAACUGGGAGAAGGAGACCUUCAUAUCUGAGGACAAGGCAAAGUAUGUUGUCGACUGGGGAUCGCUCUCAACGCUCCUCAUUCUGUGGGACCGAACCAAACACUGGGGUGUUACUAAAGGUCGAUAUCAGAGUCUUGCUGACAAAGUGAAAAAGAAUAGUAACGUCAACGGUAUGCUCGAUGCUUGGAACAUCGUUGAUUUUCUGCUUCGCCCAACGGAUAUAUAA